AUGCCUGUCAUGCCCAAGAAAACUUCGCUUACCAAAGCGCUGAUGGUUAUCAUUCUCGUCGUUCGCUCGACCAUGGGAAUGGCAACGGCAGAUCUGUCACCAGAGGAUGCCCUACGCACCUUCCAGGCGUCGGAUACAUUGGAUAUGGAUCUGACACCUCAUGCCUCGAAACAGAAGAGGUACUUGAGGUCGGCAACAGACGUGACGACAACCAGCACUGGUGAGUUGAGAAGACUAGUUUCUGAUCUCUCGGGUCUUAAGGAAUUUGGAAACUCUCUUGGAAAACAGGCGGUAGCCUUCCCUGCGAGACUGCGUCAAAGUGUUUCAGCAAUCUACUCCAAGAUCAUGACAAGAAUUCGAGGGAAACGGUGGUUGUGGGUUAAGAACAAUAAAAUCAAGAAGUCUUUCACGGAUUUGAAGCUCGAAGAGGGAAUGAAGACAUCUGAACACCUAAAGUGGAAAAAAAUCGUCGAGAAAACCACGCCCAAGGCAAAUGUACCCGAAGUGAUGUUUAAUUUUUUGGUUACGGAAUUGAAAGAUGAAAAUCUUCUGGCACCCCUUCUAGCUCAAGCAAAAGAAGCGGCCACAGCAGACGACAUGGUUAAGAGCGUUUACAACUAUCAGAUUUCGAAGUGGGUUCACAAUGAUAAUUACUCGCCGGAUUUGGUUUUCAAAAUUCUGGGACUCAACAAGAAGACAGAACUCGAUAAAUUACCUAGCCGCCCAGAAUUUAGCAUGUGGGCUGCAUUUAAUACCGAAAAGAAGUCGGAGGAAAAGGCUUUCGAAUUUCUUAAAGGAUCACAUAACAGGAUUAUUAAUCUUAAUCUGAUGAGGACUCUUGCUAAAAUCGGCGAAGCCGAUGCCAACUUUAAAUUUGCUCAAGACCUGCUACGCUUUCAGCUCCAGUAUUUGAAGAAGAAUCCCAAAGUUAUGGAGUCAUCCUUCAAACUUUUUAGGCUUCAAGGGAAGGGAUCGAAAUUAACCGAUCUGACUACGGAUCCACUUGGAAGGCUUUGGGUCGACUACGUGUAUAUGAGAGCACAGAGCAAAGAUGGUAUUACUGACUUCGGUGCAGUCUAUAGCAAACUAUUUAACAAGGUUGGCCAUGACGCAGCCGUAGGUGUGAUGGAGAAGAUGCACAAGGACGGCUAUUUCCUGCAAUCACUGGAGAAGGAGAACCCUCUUAAGGGAAAAAAAGAUGUGGCCAAGGAGCUGUACGAAGCUAUGCUUAAAGCAUUGGGAGGUAAAGGUAAUCUGGCCAAGACCCUAGCUCAAGCAAAAAGCUCACCCAAAUUCGGGUACAUGAUUGAGAGUGUUUACAGCUAUCAAAUUGCGAAGUGGAUUGAACAUAAGGACACCACGGGAACAGUUUUUAAUCUUCUGGGACUCAACACGCUUAAGACGUUUGAUGAACUACUCGCCCGUCCAGAAUUCAGCAUGUGGGCUGCAUUUAUUACUGAAAAGAAGUCGGAGGAAAAGGCUUUCGAAUUUCUUAAAGGAUCACAUAACAGGAUUAUUAAUCUUAAUCUGAUGAGGACUCUUGCUAAAAUCGGCGAAGCCGAUGCCAACUUUAAAUUUGCUCAAGACCUGCUACGCUUUCAGCUCCAGUAUUUGAAGAAGAAUCCCAAAGUUAUGGAGUCAUCCUUCAAACUUUUUAGGCUUCAAGGGAAGGGAUCGAAAUUAACCGAUCUGACUACGGAUCAGCUUGGAAGACUUUGGGUCGACUACGUGUAUAUGAGAGCACAGGGUGAAGGCGGUAUUACUGACUUUCGUGAAGUCUACAAAAGACUUAAGAAGCGUGUUGGCCAUGACGCAGCCGUAGCUGUGAUGGAGAAGGUGCACAAGGACGGCUAUUUCCUGAAAGCGCUGGAGAAGGAGAAGCCUAUCAAGGGAGAUAAAGAUUUUGAUUCGUUUCUGAAGGACCUUCGAGAAAAGAUGGCAAAGAAUUCCAAGUGA